GUACGGUAUAUUCCAAAAAUUAGAUAUUUGUUUACAUUGUAAAAUAAAUUUUUAGGAUAUUUAGUUUUCUUAACUAUUGCUGUUACCAACAUGGGUGCGUUAUUUGGUAAAACAAGCAAGAAGACAACGCCGAGUCGCAUAACAGAUCAUGACAAGGCUGUACUGCAAUUGAAGCAACAACGGGAUCGACUUAAGCAGUACCAGAAGCGAAUUGAGCUACAACUGGAGAAUGAUAGACUACUGGCGAAGAAAUGCUUGCUGCAAGGCAGAAAAGAUCGCGCCAAGCUGUUGCUGCGCAAAAAGAAAUAUCAAGAGAGCUUGCUGAGCAAUGCGGACAAGCAGCUGGAGAAUCUGGAGAAGCUGGCUGCAGACCUGGAGUUUGCGCAAGUGGAGAUGAAAGUGUUGGAUGGACUGAAGCAAGGCAAUGCGGCGCUGAAGAAGGUGCACGAAAUGCUUGACAUCAAUGAAGUAGAAAAAAUCAUGGAUGAAACACGUGAAGGCAUAGAAAAGCAGCAGGAGAUAGAUGCCAUAUUAACAGAUGUGCUAAGCACGCAGGAUGAAGAGGACGUGUUGGCUGAACUGGAUGCGUUAGAGGCGGAGGAGGACGCAAAGGUGCUGCAGUUGCCCGAUGUGCCCAAGGAGCAGUUACCAGAGAUAGAAACUAACGAAAUGGCAGACGAGCCAGAGCAAACCAAGCCCACCAAAGUCCAGGCCACUAAGCAAAGAGUGCUUGUUGAGUCCUAAACUAGCUACAUAUACACAUACAUAUGUAAAUAGCUAAACAUUUUUUCCUGUGUGUAAAUAUUUUGUAAGAAUCUUUGUA